GAUGGUCGGUGCGCGUCACCGAAGCGCCGUCGCUCGCCUGGAGACAGGAGCAGGGCUGACUGACACUGUGUGUGCAGGCUACUGUAAAUAAAGAAUAAAAACCCAACAAACUAACAGGGAACACAUAUGCAAGCCAGGCAGCAUCGGGAUAACUGAUAGCAGUUUCUCUCAUUCAUUCGCUGAGUUGUCUGUUUGGGUGUUUUUCAGUCCUUUUUUUUUCCAGAUUUGAGCGUGCCAAGUAAAGGGAAAGCUAAACAUGGCUGGUUUAAUGGCAGGUUUUGGUCAUUACACCCACGCCGUCGUCCGGGGAAUCCCUGCGUCCCUGACCAAAGAAGCGCUCCGGAGCAGCCAGUCGGACGUGGACCUGGCCAAGGCGCAGAGGGAGCACGAGGCGUACGUCGAGGUCCUGGGGACAAGGCUCGGGCUGGAGGUGGUCGAGCUCCCCGCGGACGAGUCGCUCCCGGACUGCGUGUUCGUGGAGGACGCGGCCGUGGUGUGUGGUGAUACGGCGCUUAUCACCAGACCCGGGGCAGAGAGCAGGAGGAGAGAGACGGAGGCAAUGAAAGGAGCUCUGAAAGAUUUGAAUCUGAACAUUGUGGAAAUGACUGAUGAGAAUGCCACACUGGAUGGAGGAGAUGUGCUUUUUACAGGUCGAGAGUUCUUUGUGGGCCUUUCCAAACGGACCAAUCAGAGAGGAGCAGAGAUCCUAGCUGAUGCCUUUAAGGACUAUGCUGUGUCGACCGUGCCAGUGUUGGAAGGGCUACACCUGAAAAGCUUCUGCAGUAUGGGAGGACCAGGUCUCAUUGUCAUCGGAUCCAGUGAGCCAGCACAGAAAGCCCUCAAAAUCAUGCAGCAAAUGAGUGACCAUCGCUAUGACAAACUGACGGUGCCUGAUGAUCUCGCUGCCAAUUGCAUCUACAUGAACCUACCUAAUAAGGGACAUGUGCUUCUGCACUGCACAGCAGAGGAGUUUCCAGAGAGUGCAAAGGUGUUCGAGAAAUUGAAGGACCACAUGCUGAUCCCCGUGUCCAACAUGGAGAAGGUCAAAGUGGAUGGAGCCCUCACAUGCUGCUCUGUACUCAUCAACAAGAAGGCCAACAUCUGAACGCACUCACCAGGGGUUCUCUCAGUGCACGGUAACCAAGCAGAGCCUAUAUCUGAUCACCAAGGACUCAGUGGUUUAACAAAACUAUCUUUGUACCUGGAGUAAAGAUAGGCAAGUUUGUUAUUGCUGAGGGACAAAGAAAAUAUAAAUUGGAGGGAGUCAUCUGGUCUCCCCUUUCCCAAAACACUAAAUUAAAAGGUCUUAAAAAGUGUGUGAAUAGUUCAGUUGACAUAAAACACACAAUUAGUUUUAGGUUAUUGUCUCUGUAGUAAUUAAGCUAUUACAUUAAAUUUAGUCUUAUUUUGCUCUUCAUUUUAUAUUACAUUUUCUAUUAUUAGCUGAAUACAAGGCAAAAGAACAGGCUUGCGGAUUAGAUAAUGGAUCAUAAAUUCUCCUUUAUGUCAAGCAAUAUGUUUUUAUAUCAGUAUUUGCUGAUACAACAACCAGUCUACAAGCUAUUCAAAUUAAAUUCUAAUUAAUUACAUGUCUGAUUAGGGAGAUCUGAUCCCAUAUCAGAAGGUGAGUAGACCAUGUGCCAUGUUUAGACCCCCCUUUGAAUCCGCAAAUCCCCUACUGCUCGUGUUUAAACCAUCCUUGCUUACUGUUUGAUGUUUAUAACCCUUUAAAAGAACCACACAGAAAAAAAGCACUGGACAAACAAAACCACAUGGAUCUGUUUGAUGUAGUUUUUGUUGCCAAUGAAAUGUGUCAUAACCAACACUGCAUUGCAGGUUUAUGAAUUUUAUAACUAACACAGACAUCUACAGUGAAACAUGUAUAUAGUCGAUUUAUACUGUUUACAUGCACCACUUUAAUUUUGUUUGUUUGGUUAUAUAUAUAUAAUGCAAUUGUAAUUCAUUGUUCAAGUACUUUAUUUUGGAGUAAGGUGGAGGGGAAAUCCUGCUACUUAAUGUCACUGUUGCUAUUUAGCAGUUUGUUUUUUCACUUAUUGCUGUUUCUUUACAUAAGUUGUUUCUCAUUCUGAAAAUACAGUUCUUGAAAAGCGUUCUGGAGAUGUAAACCUAUGGUAUGAUCGCACUGUCAUGAUUGUUUUUUUGAUUUAUGAUUUUGUGAUAUACUGCCAUUGAGACCUGAGGUGCUCUUACUUUUAACUACCACUGCUAACUAAUCAUUGCUCUUGAUCAUACAGUACUGGAGAUAAUUUCUGACUGAUCUCAAUAAUUGCUGUCAGCUAAAAAAGCUUAUUUAUGCUACAAGGACCAUGGCCAUCUUGUUUAAGCAAUUUUGCUGCCCUCCUGGUAAACAUUUGUUUAGAUUCAUGUUGGAAUGCAGAUUAAUCUGAGGCAACCCUACAGAGCCGCCUGUGUGGAAAAUAUAUGUAUGUUUUCAUUAUUAUAAGAUGAGUUAAGCCUUCAUUUAUUCCAACAUAACACCUCUUCUCCUAUUAAUGUACAAUGCCUGUAUGGAAAAACAAUGACUUUCCUCCCACUGAAUGAUUCUGAAGGCACUGUCGUUUUCACACACCAUCGCUUCUGCCUGCAUUGUUGCUUACACUGGUUCUUUUUUUUGUCCUGUCUGGCAGCUUUUAUUCCAAAACUGACUAAGAGCAUGCUGUGAAACUGAUGUCUGUUCCACUAAAUCCAAUAGCACCAAAUGUGACUGCAGUGAGAUAGUUUGCACUCAGCAUGCAGAACAAGCUAACUGCCCCUGUUUGGUGUGUUUCCACGUGUGUUCACAAUGGUAGCUACCAGCAGGAGUUUGAAUGAUGUUGAGCUCUGUUUUGGUGGCCUUAUCUCUGUUGUCGCUGAAUGUAAACAUGUACACUGUACGUAGACUAUUCUCUGUACAAGUUAAAGCCCAUCACAUCUGAAACCAUGUUGUUUCUCAAUGUGACUGUAAGUGAAAGUUGAGGAAAUUACAUCAGGAGGUGAUUCAGCCUCCCUCCAUAGACGUUUGUGUAUGGGCAAGAGGGCAAUGAUGAUGAAACAUGGAAAGAAUUCCUGUUGGGAGGAGAGGCUUGUACACCAGUAAACACUGACUCUCUUAAACCUUCUCUUGACGGUUUCACUCUCAGCACUCACUUUCUCCCACCCUCUGCUAUUGCCUCAUAGACGAUCUGGGCUCAUUUAUGGCCAUGAUAUCAUACAGUCUGGCGAACGAUUGUAGAUGUGAUGGCCUGCCAUUAAAGUGUGACACAAGUAGUAUAUUUUACAGAAGGCAGCUGGCUGGAUGCAGGGUGAUAGCAUAGUUGCAGAGCAUCCAGUUCUGAUUCUCACACAGUCACUCCAAAAGGCUGAGCCAGACAGGACCAGUCAUACACCGUCUGAUUAAUACAAAGGCAAACACUGGAUUUUUGGCAAGUCAAGUAAUUUCAUCUAAAACUAUCAUCCUCUCUCACAUUGCUCCAAGUCACCUCCUGGGCUGUACUGCUCUGGGAUGCCAUUGCCUUUUCCUAUCAGUGAUUUAAAAAUCAGAAUAACAUUUAAUACAUUUUUGGCUCUCGGCUGGCAAGGCUAGAUGUGAGGAACAGCUCCUGAAAAAGUGUACUGACUUUGCAGAGGUUUUUUUUAUCCACUUACUAAUCCCCUCACUCAUCCCAGUAGUCACUGAUGUUGUGUUUGCCCUUGUUUCAACUCAGGUCUGUUGGUUUUCAUAUGUUGUGAGAAAUAAUUAUUUGAGUCAUCUAUAAUUGAGCCUGAGCGUCUUUGUGUAAUAAAUGAACAUCUAGCAUUUAA